AUGUGGGUUGCUGGAGGACAAUCUACACCUGGAAUGAAGAGUAUGGCAGAAUUUGGAGGACAAUCAACUUUGAACAAUGAAAUGAGAGCUCAAAGAAGUAAUGUUCUGGACACUCUGUCUUUCACUGUUAUAUAUGCUGGUACUGGCACUCGUAAAGGGAGUCUAGAUGUUGAUGGCAGCCAUUCACUUGUUUCUCUUGUCAGUAUGGUCGCUCCCAGUCCUGACUGGUUUGUAGGCGUUCAUGAUCUUGAUCUGUGUAAUGGAGCAACGUGGACACAGUCGAUGACUGUUGACUUGUUUCCUUAUGAUGCAGGAACUGACAGUGGACUGAAAUUUGCAUCAGCCAACUCUGCAACAAACCCCAGGAGCCGAUCUAUCGUCUGA